AGCAGAAGAGUCUAGAAUCUCCAAGGAAAACUUUUACUGAUUAUCAGAGAAACAUUAGAUUUUUUUCUAUUUCUCUAUUCAUUAAUAGAUUAACUGUAGUCGAUCUAAAUAUAAUCAGUUAUAGACUAUCUUAUAUCCAUAAUGAACAGUGAAUUAUUUGAUUCUGAAAAGAAAGAAGAAGAAAUAGCCAAUACAUUUUUAAAGCAACUUCUUUUAAGCAAGGAAAACAAAACUGCUACAGAAACUCAGAAUGGAGGAAUACCCACGAUAACAAUUAAACCAAAGCCAGGGUCGUGUAUGAAAACAAGAACAGAUAAAUGUGAAAAGGUGUUUAUAAAUAUCUGUCAUUCUGAGAAUGUGCCUGAACCUAAAGACCUGACAGAGGAUGAGUUGCUCAAAGUUUUGGAGUCUGAAGACCCAACCCAUUUUAGGAUACCAAUGAGUAUUGGAGAACCUCAUGCUGAGCUAGAUAAAUCUGGAGGGGGCUGUACAGUGUAUGAUGUUGUGAUCCACCCAAAUUUCAUGAAGAAGAUUGACAAGAGCCAGCUGUUUAAAACAUUUUUCCUAACCUUGAUGUGUGAGGGGAUAGAGAGUAAAUAUGAUAUUUUACUCAAAAGAGACUGGAUUUUUCUGAAGAAUAGAAAGUGUAUUGGCAAGCUGGCGGAACAACAAAUUAGAACAAAAUCUAAACCACUUAUAAUGGAUAUGGAUGGCACUGAAGGAUACCAGCUCCCCACUCAGCAACCAGAAAAAAGAAAUUUGAUUGAGGAAAUGAAACAGCAAGAACAAGAACUACAGAAAAAAGCACCUGAGCCCAGUUUUACAAUCGUCCAAGAGCCUCCAGAAGGACACCCUGAUUUUUUGGUGGCUGAAAUUUCACUCCCUAAUAUUAAAACUGCCCAGUCUUUGACCCUGAAUGUUGGGGAAGACAGACUCAUGUUGACCACAAGAUCACAUGUUUAUUACCUUGAUAUUUUCCUGCCUUUUGAUUUGCUAUUUGAUGAAUGUGGUGCCCAGUUUGAUAGAAAUUGUAAGAUUCUCACAGUAACCAUGCCAGUAAAACCACUAGCAGAGAGAUGAUGCAUUGUGGGUCUGAUUCUGUCAAGCAUUUAUCAAGAUAAUUUUGUACAUUUUCAACCAGUUUUCACUGUGUUCAUAACCCUGUGAAACAA